UUGCAUCGGGCCUAACGCAUCGUGAUCCGUAGUCGCCCAUGCCGGAAAGCAGUCGGCGACCAUCCAAUCUGCACUGGCCACAUGCCGGUCCGCUGUGAGAAGGUGCAAACCCACCUGCUAGACGUCCAGGGGGAGCAGACUGGCGUGGUGAUCUACCACCUAAGCCACUCUACCAGCAGGCCGGGCAUCCAGGCGAGCCGAGGCCCCUGGCUGCUGGCGGUGCACUUCGGCGCAGUCCUGCGCCUGGACUCGCAGCUUGCUGCCGAUGGGGCAAAGUGCUUGGAGCCGCUCUCCCACUUCGCGCCCUACCGAAUCGGUGCAGACGCAAGGAAGGACGUCGUUGCAGAGCGCGCGCUAGGCUUGUGCAAGUACCUGGACCAUGUCCUGAAGAUAUCAGAGAGCCCCGCGCCCAAAGCACUGGCGCGCAUCGUGGAUGACUUCGUGGCCACGUCUCACGGUGAGCAGACGAUGUUCAUUGUGUGGAGGUACUGGGUGGGCAACCUGCAGCGGACGUUGAGGCUGGCUUCUUCUCCGGCUUUGACUGAGGUAACAGUCCACACCAUGCCGGAUGGCAAGACGGCAGUGUCCACCUUCCUAGGCCGUGUGAGACCAGGGCAGGAAAUGCUAGAUACUCCCUCUCCAAUGCCAACUUGCAAGGAAGCGCUGAAGAGGUUCCGGGCGCUUCAAGCUGCAGGCGGCUCCAUGACCAAGGGCGAGCUUCUGCGAGCAGUCCGUCCGCUGGGCGCUGCGCCAGCGGCGCAGGCGCGGACCAGGCCCUUUCUGGAAGUUGUGCCGCCCAAGGAGAUCUCUGCAGAUGCCUGCCCGCUUUGCAAGCGGCACCUCAGGCAGAAAGACACUGGGUGCAUCAGGCUACGGACGUGCGGUCACGAAGUGCACGGAAGCUGCUUCAACGAGCUCCUCACCUCCCCGGACCGUUUUCCCAAGACAGCGAGGGCCGCAUGCCCCAAAUGCGGGGAGCGCUGGGCUACGUGGGUGCCGGAAGUGAGCCGCCAGAUCGACGAGGAGGCCCUUCUCAAACGCGAGCAGCUCGCCAUGCUCUUGGCGCUGGGCAUGACCUCCAAGGCCACCUGGGGUCAGCACCUCGAGGCUGAGUCGGGAAAGGCCACCGAAAGCGGCUCUUAGAGCGGGAGGUGGCGCUUGCCGGAGGAAUGUUUGGAGGGAAAGUCAAAGGUUGCGCCAAAUUUCUGGACCACUUUAGCGUGUUCUGCAAGGCAACGUUUACAUCAGGGGGC